AUGGUGCACGCCAUCCCCGACGACGACGAGAAGCGCAACGUGCACGUCAUUGUCUGCGGCUGGAUGAACGGCACGGCGCGUCACGUUGCCAAGUACGCGGCCCUCUACAACGACCUCGGCUUCUCGGCCAGUACGAUCGUACUGAGUCGUGGCUUGGACUUUUU